GAGAAGGCGUUCAAACUAACGUCCCUGAUGACCCCGAUCCCUCGAAUCCCCGGGAUUGCUUGAGCCCUAGCAUUUCCCUCCGUAGUUUAUUUUGUCUCCAAAAAGUUUGAAAGAUGAAGAUAGCAGUGGAAGGUUGCAUGCAUGGCGAUCUUGACAAUGUCUACAAAACUUUGCAACAUCUUGAAAAAGUGCACAACACCAAAAUCGACCUCCUCCUCUGCUGCGGCGAUUUUCAGGCUGUCCGAAACGAAGAAGAUUUGAAGAGCUUAAAUGUGCCGCCGCGCUAUCGCUCUAUGCAGUCAUUCUGGAAGUACUAUUCGGGGUUGGAGGUUGCCCCGUAUCCCACAAUAUUCAUUGGUGGAAACCACGAAGCGUCUAAUUAUUUGUGGGAAUUGUACUAUGGAGGAUGGGCUGCGCCUAAUAUAUAUUUCCUGGGAGUUGCAGGGGUGGUCAGGUUUGGGAAUAUCCGAAUUGGUGGAGUGUCUGGGAUUUAUAAUGCACGUCAUUAUAAAUCAGGACAUUUUGAGAGGCCUCCUUACGACCAAAAUACAAUCAGGUCUGUGUAUCAUGUUCGUGAAUAUGAUGUUCACAAGCUCAUUCAAGUCGAGGAACCGAUUGAUAUCUUUCUUUCUCAUGAUUGGCCAGUCGGAAUCACUGAUUGUGGGAAUUGGAAGGAUCUCAUUCGGCGGAAACAUUUCUUUAAGCAGGAGAUAGAGGAAAGAAGACUUGGCAGUAAAGCUGCUGCGCAACUCCUGGAAAAAUUGAAACCACAGUAUUGGUUUUCAGCUCACUUACACUGCAAGUUUGCUGCUCUUGUUCAACAUGGGGAUGGUGGUCCUCAGACAAAAUUUCUUGCACUUGAUAAGUGCCUUGCUGGUCGGGAUUUCUUACAGAUUGUGGAAAUUGAAUCAGAGGCAGGACCUUAUGAAAUUCAGUAUGAUGAAGAAUGGUUAGCUAUAACACGGAGGUUCAACUCCGUCUUCCCUCUUACUGCCAAAGCUGCAGAUUUCAAAGGUAUAGAUCUUGAGAUGGAGGACUGUCGUCAAUGGGUUAGAAGCAGGCUGCAAGAGAGAGGUUACAAGCUUGAAUUUGUUAGAACUGCUCCACGUUACAAUCCUUCUGAAUCC